GGACCGCCGACGCUUCACAAAUCCAAACAAUUCUGUCAGUGACUUUAUCGUUUGUAAAAUAGUAUUAAUAGUAAUAACAACAACAACAACAACAAUAGCUGCAGCAGCGACGUCGACGAUUAUAAUAUUUCAGUUUUUAUGCGCGUCGUAUUAUAAAAGUUUUGAUUAAAAUCUUGAAGAAAAGUACAGUCAAACGCAAUAUUAUAAAAUACUACUCCGUCCGUGUGUUUAGUCACCACAUAACAGUUUCUAGGUUGACAGUUAUAAUUGAAUUUAGCAAACGUGCUUGCUCCAGCCAUAACCAUUGUAACUGUAUCUGUCGAUUUUUAGCUUCUCAGUGAUUGAUAGUAUAAUAGCUAGGCACGUAUUAGAUACACAACAGUAUCUUUAUCACAUCUGCRAAAAUAAUUACAAACACACGGAGUAAGAUCUACAAGUGACAUAUAUAGCAGGAGGUGUCUAGUCCGGUGCGGGCUAGCUACGCUACCGAAUCGGUAGACUCGGCGGCGCCGCGUUUAGACUGCAUGCUCGGCAGCCUCACGGCCGAGAUGAACAGACAGGGCGUGAACACGACGCAAAAGGGAUGCUGCACAGCGUGCGACAAGGCCAUCGUCGGGCAGGUGAUAACGGCGCUGGGCAAGACCUGGCACCCGGAACACUUCACGUGCAACCACUGUUCCCAGGAGCUGGGCACGCGCAAUUUUUUCGAACGCGAAGGCCGGCCAUACUGCGAACCGGACUACCACAACCUGUUCUCGCCCAGAUGCGCGUACUGCAACGGACCCAUACUCGACAAAUGUGUGACGGCCCUGGAGAAGACCUGGCACACGGAACACUUUUUCUGCGCCCAGUGCGGCAAACAGUUCGGCGAGGAAGGAUUCCACGAGCGCGAAGGUCGCCCGUACUGCAAAGACGAUUACUUCGACAUGUUCGCGCCCAAGUGCGGAGGUUGCAACCGGCCCAUAAUGGAGAACUACGUAUCGGCCCUGUCAACUCAAUGGCAUUCCAGCUGUUUCGUCUGCCGGGACUGCCGGAUGCCGUUCGUCAGUGGCCAGUUCUUCGACCACGAGAGCCAGCCUUACUGCGAGACGCACUAUCACGCCAAACGCGGAUCGCUGUGCGCCGGAUGUCACAAGCCGAUCGCGGGCCGUUGCAUCACGGCCAUGUUCAAGAAGUUCCAUCCGGAGCAUUUCGUGUGCGCCUUUUGCCUGAAACAGCUCAACAAGGGAACGUUCAAAGAACAAAACGAGAAACCGUACUGCCAUUCGUGUUUCGAGAAGCUGUUCGGUUAGAGCCGAGCGAGCGUCACCGAUGACCGAAGAUGACGUGACGGCGGCGGCGCGAUCCACGACGACAGAGUUCGAUAUGACUAUAUUGUAUCGUAUAACGAUUAUAUUAUAUUAAUUUUUUWAAUUAUUAUAAUAUAUAACGGGAUACGAUCAUGCCGCCGUCGGUUUUAUAUAGAGCAAUAGAUAAUACAACCGACGAAUUUACUCGACCCCGGUAUAAGGCUUUCGAUCAUACCAUUAUAUGUAACCGCCUACUUAUAUUUGAUUAUAUAAUAUGUUUAGAACUCUGUCAUCCCUCAAAAAAUAGCCAAUACCUCAUAACAUAAUAUUAUAUCCGUUUUUCUUUACUAACACAAUUUAUAUUUAUAUUAUUAUUAUUAUUACCAUAUAUUUUUUUUAAUUAUUUUUAAUCCUGUACAAAAAUUAUUAUCUUCCAUAUUAGUUUUGUACUGUUAUUUAUAGCCUAUAUUGUUAUGAGUUUUAAUUUUUUUUUUUUGCUAUUAAUCUGUGUAUGUGCUGUAGGCGUUAUAUUUUACCCCAUUCCAAUUUUUAAAGUCACAACCUCUACGUAUAAUAAUAUAUACUGCAACAACCAUUUCAGUAUCAUAUAAUUAAAUGGCAUUCCAUUUUUGGAUUUGAAUGUCUUAAUUUUCUAAUGGUAAUUAUUGAUGUUUUGUAAAUUGACAAAAAUAAUUUGAAAAUGUAAAAAGAUAUUAUAUAUUUUCUAGAAACGUUU